UGGCUGUUCGGUGGUCAUUCUCCAUCCAUAGGACUAUCUCCGUCCUCUGCUGUGGAGUUGGUGCCCCUUUUCCCCCAUGUCUGUCCUUCUGCUCUGCCACCUCCUGUUGGGAAAAGCUGGAUAGAUAAGAGGAUUCCUAAUUACAAGAUCUUUUUAAAUAAUUCCUUUGCUCUGGAUUCAACAUGGAUAUAUCCUGAGGAAUCAGGACUCUUCCACAGUCAUGAAAAACCUCAUUUUCUGGCAAGCCAAGUAACUCCGUCUCUGUCUAGGCCAGCUCCUGCCUCCAGGCCUCUCCCCACCGUGGUAUUAGCAGCUCAACCAGUGCCAGGUGGUUGCCAUAACAGCCUUAAGCCAAUCAGCAGCGGUCCCACCAUCACCAUUACUGCUGCCGCUGCUACUGCAGCUGCUGCCAUGGUCUCUGUGGACCCUGAGGAACUCCGGGGCCUGUCCCCUUCCAUUGUGCAGCCCUGCCAUUUCCUGACGUUGACCCCCAUCAGAAUUCCGCUCCGGACUGCUCCAUUCUCAGAUAGAAGCAGAGAGCUCAGCCGUGCAAGCCGUCCUUCUGCGCUGAUGCUACGUGCCCCAGAGAGGAAAAGCCUGGUGGGAGACAAAGCGGAAAAG